GAAACCACGAUCUGGCACGACAGUAUUUCCUCUGAUAUUUCACCAUGAAGUUCAUCGUAUUCUUGGCAAUUGCUUUGGCUUUGGUGGCCGUCGUGGUCCAGGCUCAACCCGUUCCCGAGGAUGAGUCGGCUCCAGUGGAUCAUCCUCUGGUGAGCCAGGAUGCCCAGGAGGAAGCGUUGGUGGAACACAGUCGCCAGAAGCGAGCCACCUGCGACCUUCUGUCCAAAUGGAACUGGAACCACACCGCCUGUGCCGCCCACUGCGUUACCAAGGGGUUCAAGGGAGGAUACUGCAGCGACAAGGCCGUCUGUGUUUGCCGUCGCUGAUUUGGCUUAGAUCCCGACAUAUCAUCCGAAUCAGGAUGAGAACUAAAAAUUGUAAAUAUUUUCAAAAUAAAUGGUCCAUUUAAAAUAUCUUA